GAGUUGUUGUUCACUUACGAGAUGCCGUCACUCGCGCCUGUCGCCAUCAUUGUCGUCGUCAUCAUCACCGCCAGCAACAGCUUCACCACGACAGGUGCACAAGGCGGCCAUUUGAACCGGGUGUCCAUGCCAAAGGAAGCAGAGCUGGUGGAGUGUCGCUUCCGAAAGCAAGGUUUGGUUCUCAUCAACAUGUCAGACAUGUCAUCCAACGGCUCCACGCGCACACUGCACGCCGACGUCAGCAGCAGCAGCUGCAGCGGAAACACUUUCCUCUACGGCUGCUCCUUCCAGGAGGACUACGUCACCGUGUGGGCGGUCGUCCUGAGGGAGACACUGGAGGAUGUCCACACCGUCUUCUGCAACAGUUCCACGGCGGUCAAGACUGAGAUCGUGCACACAUCUCUAAACAUCACCUUGACAGCACACAACACUGAGAACGCCCACUCACAGCAGACAUCUUCCAAGACAUGUCCACCAAACACAGCGCUUCAAUCGUCGGUCAGCGCCAUGUUUCUUGCUGUCAUCGGGGUCCCCGCACUGCUUGUACCUCACAUCCUUCUGUCUCCAUAGCAACAAUUGUUUCAGAUCUCAGGUCCAGCAAACCAAGAGGAGGCCACCUUCAGCAACCUGCCCACCAAGCCACCAUGAGAUGAAGAAGCAGGAGGCCACAGCACAGCCUGGGCAACAGUUGUAUUGUUUGUAUGUUUGUAUGUUUGUAUGUUUGUAUGUUUGUAUGUUUGUAUGUUCACAACAACUGUGUCAGUCAGCAGACAUGACUAGUCCAUGUUGGUCACAUCAACUACAGGUGUGCAGUCCGUCUCUCAUGUCCACUCAAUGCCACUACUGCUGCUACUACUACUCAUGCUAGUGACCAUAGAAGAAGAAUGAAGAGACCAAACCUCCCCAUGUACACACCACCUCCCUCUGUGUCCACAGAGUUACAGACACACUGACAGCUGAACAUGUCACCUGUCACCUGUAUGUAAUCAUGCUGGAUGUUUGACAGUCAGUAGUAAGAGUACAUCAUACCU